AUGGAGCUUUCCAGAGCCUCCCGAGAGCUGGAGCCUGUGAUGGGUCGUGUUAUCCGUCCCUUAAAGCAAGUGGGAGGAGGAAUGCUAGCGUCUGUAGGAGUGGACCCCUCAUCUAAAGCAGAAGGAACGGCUCACACUGCAGCCCGGCGCUGUCUGCUCGCUAACACCGCGCUUGCUCCUCUGAGGGCGGGCCCCGAGCGCCACUCGGCGGGACGCGAUGUCAAACGCAUUUCUGCUUUCCCCAGCUGGAGGGAGGACUGCCAGCAGCUAACACCACCCUUCUCUGACUGCGGCCGAGUCAGUGCGGCUGCAGGUAUCCGUAAGGUUCAGCCUCGGCGUGUCACAGCCUCCUUUCUGUCUGCUUCUAGAAAGCGUGUGAAAGAGAAAGCCAGGCUCCGCUUGAGGGAGUUCGAUGUCGGAGACAAGUUCACCCGCUUGCCGCUGCCCCGAGCCUCGGUGCUGCUGCCGCUGGUGGUGAGGGAGGGCAAGCUGCACUUGCUGCUCACCGUCAGGUCCAUGCAGCUGAGAAGAUCGCCAGGAGAAGUGUGUUUUCCAGGAGGUAAAAGUGAAGCAAUUGAUAAAGAUGAAAUUGAUACUGCUCUCCGAGAAGCUAAAGAAGAAGUGGGACUCCAGCCAGAGAAGGUGGAAGUCAUCUGUAGGCUUGUGCCUGGAAUUGAUAAAAUGAAUCACUUGGUAACACCGGUUGUAGGAUUUAUAGAGGAUACGUUCCAGGCCACUCCUAAUCCAGAUGAAGUGAGUGAUGUUUUCAUCGUGCCAUUGGAGUACUUUGUUAAGCCCUUAAAUUACAAGGCCUUGCCCUAUAAAACCUCAUCUGGUUACUCAAGUUGGAUGCACUGCUUUACGUAUGAUGACCAGGAACGCAAAAUGUCAUUCAAGAUAUGGGGACUUACUGCACACUUUGCUGUAUUUCUUGCUCUUGUAAUUUUUGGAGAGAGACCUACCUUUGAAGUUGAUUAUGACCUUGACAACUUGAUUUCAUCCUCUGAGAAUAAUUUCAUGAAUUUAUAUGCGUCCUUAUAUGAAAGAAAGAAGAGUAAUCUAUGACAAACUGGUCUGGAAAUGAAUUUAAAUUGAAGGAGGAAAAAAGGUUUUGUUUAUUCCCUUUUUAACUGUUAUUGUUU